CGCGAGCCAGCCGGCAGAACCGAACGGAGGCACUAUUUGCUGAACACAUUUUCUGCAUCCUCUACAAAAUUCUAUAAUUUAUCAUUAGCUGUUCCAUCUAGCUGAAAAUAAGCUUAAAUGGCAACACUGCUUCUGGGCGAAUGACAAAAAGCUGCGAGCAAUAUAAAAACAGGCGUAUUCUGAGCUUUCCGCUCAGUUUCUGGAGUCGCGCAACAAUAUAAAAAAUAGUAAAAAAUAAUAAUAACUAACUUAGAGCGGUAGAAGAACUGCAGCAGCAAUUAAGAGAGCACAAAAACAAGAGCAACAAGAAAAAGCAAAUACCGUACAAAUAUCAUCACUUACACAGUCACGUUUAUGGCGCAUCAGGAGAAGCAGAAGCAGCAGCAGCAGAGACGUCGUCCCGCCUCCCCCGCCGCCCACAGCAAAAACAACAACAAUAAGCAGGAGAGCUAACACAAAAAAAGUUAAACUUACCUAUAUUUUUGCUACCAUUCUUCGUAAAAGUUUAAGUUUUUGUUGUUAAGCCCAGAGCUCCAUUGAUUUAUUGAGCACUGCCGCCCGUCGCCGCCAGAGAGUUUUCAAGACGUUGCCAGCUGUUUCUGGUCUCUUCUGUUCCUUUUUGGAAAGAAAGUGAGAGCUUUGCCGCCCGGUCAACGUCCUGCGGAAAGAGAACGAGAGAUAGAGAGCGAAGGUGAGCGAAAGGACACCGGUCUCUGCCGCUCAAUGCAAAUGUAUUAUUAUAUCUGGUAAAUCAGAAGAAGUAGCAAACAAAGUUGUUAAAGAUAAGCCCAAAAGACCUACCGGCCGACCGGCAAACCUAAUCAGCGCAGCUGCGUAAUCCCCCGCGAACCAGAAAAAAAACAGACCGAAACACACACAACAUGCGCCUGUUCCCAGUCCGCUUCUCGGCCUCCUCGGCCUCCUCCUCGAUGGCGAGCUUGGCGAAAAUGCUGGACUUCUACUCGGGCUUCAACCCAUCGCCGCUCUCCAUAAAGCAGUUUAUGGAUUUUGGUCAAAAUGCCUGUGAAAAGAAAUCAUAUAUAUUUCUGCGCAAGGAGCUUCCUGUGCGACUUGCUAAUAUAAUGAAGGAGAUUGCCCUGCUGCCGGAUAAUCUGCUGCACACCAGAUCCGUAAGCGAAGUGAGCUCCUGGUACGUGAAGAGCUUCGAGGAUGUGUUGGAGUACGAGAAAGCUGAACCCACGCACGACAAUCUACAAAAGUUUGUGGCCGAUUUGGAUCUCAUUAGGAAUCGGCACAACGACGUAGUGCAGACAAUGGCCCAGGGAGUCAUCGAGAUGAAGGAGAACGAGGGCGGCCAGGUGGACGCGCCCACCGAGAGCUCCAUCCAGUACUUUCUCGAUCGCCUUUACAUGUCACGAAUUAGCAUCCGGAUGCUGAUAAACCAGCACACCCUGCUUUUUGGUGGAAAUCCUCAUUCGGGUGGCCGCCACAUCGGUUGUCUGGACCCCGCCUGUGAUCUCUCGGAUGUGGUGCGAGACGCAUACGAGAAUGCCCGCUUCCUGUGCGACCAGUACUACCUGACCAGUCCGGCGCUGGAGAUUCAGCAGCACACCUGCGAUCCCUCGGACAGCCUGCCCAUCCGGACAGUUUAUGUGCCCUCGCACCUUUACUAUAUGCUCUUCGAGGUCUUUAAGAACUCGAUGCGAGCGGUGGUAGAGCACCACAGCCAUGACACCAAUGACACAUUGCCGCCACUGAAAGUGGCCAUUUCCAAAGGCAAGGAGGACAUUUGCGUGAAGAUCUCCGACCAGGGUGGCGGCAUUCCACGCUCCCAGACAGAUCAGCUCUUCAAGUACAUGUACAGCACGGCGCCGCAGCCCUCGAAGUCCGAUCUUCAUACGGUACCACUAGCGGGCUAUGGCUAUGGCCUGCCGAUCUCCCGGCUCUAUGCCCGCUAUUUCCACGGCGACAUAGUGCUGCUCUCCUGCGAAGGUUUUGGCACCGAUGCCAUUAUCUAUCUGAAGGCUCUGUCCGAUGAGGCCAACGAAUUGCUGCCCAUCUUCAACAAGACCAGCUCAAAGUUCUAUCGCGCCACCGUGCCCACCGGUGACUGGUCCAAUCAGAGCUCGGAUAUGAAUGCACGCCAGCUGUCGGCCAGCACACCGAAACGCUAUAGCGACUUUGUCCAGGACGCUUGAAGAAGGACGGAACGAGGCCUUCGGAAAACAGCAACUCAGGUUUAGACAACCGCAACAGGACGAACGAUUCAGGAACCAAUUGUUGGAUAUCUAUAUCACUAGCUCUAGGCAAACAUUCCCAAAGUGCAGCAACAACUCAAAUUUGUAUUCAUGGCAG